UAAAUACUGAAACUCAGCUGUGAUAGGAAUUUAUUAUGUCAAAGAAAAUGGAAACCGAUCAGGGAGAGAAAGAGGGUGUUACUAAACCAGACAAAAUGUUUACUUUAAAAAAAUGGAACUUAGUUGCUAUGUGGAGUUGGGAUGUUGAAUGUGAUACGUGUGCUAUAUGUCGAGUCCAAGUGAUGGAUGCGUGUUUAAGAUGCCAAUCAGAAAAUAAACAGGAUGAUUGUGUUGUGGUGUGGGGCGAAUGUAAUCACUCAUUUCACAACUGCUGUAUGUCCUUGUGGGUAAAACAGAACAACCGAUGCCCUUUAUGCCAACAAGAAUGGGUUGUGCAGAGGACGGGAAAGUGAUCAUGUUUUUUUUAUCUGUACCUUAUGAACUAUGCCUUGAUUUGACACCAACCCUUUGCUGUAAAUAGUUGUUGAUACAAGCUGAUUACAUGGUGUGAGUUAGUGGAGAUAUAGCAGUGGAUUUCAAAAUUUAGUACGAGGCACUACUUCUGUUUGACUGUAGUAUUUUGAUAUGGCUCAGUUCAUGCAACAUUUACACACUUUUCAUAUAAUUACAUAUAAGUUAAAAAAAAAUUUAUUUUGUUUGUUAACUUAAUCUUUAAAGUUUUGUAAAUUGUUAGAUCUGACUGGUAUACCAAUAGUAGUUCUAAAGAUAUUUAUUUUUUAAAAGACUUCUUAGAUAGCCCA